AUUAUCCAGUACAUCGGGGAGAUCUGCAGGUAUCUGCUAAAGCAACCGGUUCGGGAGGCAGAAAUGCAGCACCGCGUGCGGCUGGCGAUAGGCAACGGCUUGAGGCCCACCAUCUGGGAGGACUUCACCCAGCGCUUCCGCAUCAAACAGAUCGGGGAGUUCUACGGAGCUACGGAAUGCAACUGCAGCAUCGCCAACCUGGACAACAAGGUUGGCGCCUGUGGCUUCAAUAGCCGGAUCUUGCCCAACGUGUACCCUAUCCGCUUGGUGAAAGUAAAUGAGGACACCAUGGAGCUGAUACGGGAUUCGAAUGGGCUCUGCAUCUCCUGCCGUCCAG